ACAACAAACAGGAAGGUCAAACAACCGGAAGUGACGUCACAAAAUGAUUUCUAUUGUGAUUACAUCACAUUCUGUUAUGAGCCAUACCCUGAUUUUUGCAUUUGCAAGUGCACAAGUUUAAGGUUUUACAGAACAUGUUCACAACUCAUCUGAGGUUGUUGCUGUGUGUUAGCUUCUUGUGAUGUAUGCAACCGAUCCAGUGCAGAGGCACAACGGUCGGCUUUUAAUGGACUACGGAUUUGUGUUGGAAGACAAUCCGUAUGACAGUGUGACUGUGGAAAUGCCAAAGAUUGAUGCUGAUGAUAAAGAUGCCAAGUUAAGGGCAAUGGUGUUGGCAUGGAUUCCAUCUGUGGCAUCGUCAGUGUUGCACAUGCCAAGGUUGAAUAGUUCAAGUGUGAUGACGUCAGAAUUGAUGACUGUCAUGCGAUGUUUGACAAUGAGAAAAGAGAGUCUCCAAGAAAUCAUCAACGCUCGUUCCAUAGAGCCAUCAUCUCAUCAAGACAUCAAGAGAAUCAACCAGCUACCACCACCAGACGAGCUGCAAGCUCUUACCAAAGCAAUAUCCCACCUUCACACAGCACUCAACAAAUACACCUCAACAGUUGAAGAAGACGAAGAAAUCCUUCUGGAAAAGAGUGAGGCCCUUACAUUAGUUGUACGUAAUAUUGUCAUCUUACGUAAAGAGAAGAGAAUAUUACGUCACAACUUGCUUUAUUUAGAGCAACAUAUGAUACGAAUCAAACGCUGGUUUAGUAAUGAAUUAUGAAGCCAUAUUUUUGUAUUUAUUUUAGGUAAUUAAAUAGUUUUAAUAUUGAAGUAAUUUAUGACACAUACAGGGUGUGUCUAUAGCCGAUGGUUUGUGUAGACAUCUGAUUGAAAUGCUGAUAGUGGUUUUUUAAAAUGAUCAAAUAUUGAUGUAAUGGGUUUGGACAACUUGUGGGUUUUUAUUAGGUGUGUAUGUGUAAUGGGUUUAAGUUAUUGUCA